AUGUCGAUGAACUGGCAUAUUUCCAACACGCGGGCACGAGCCUACUGCGCCGCCCUUGUCGGCCCCGCAGGGGUCGGCAAGACGGCCAUCGUCGAGGGCCUCACGCAGCGAAUCGCUGCGGGGAACGUCCCCGACACGCUCGUCGGUGCGCGCAUCGUGGAGGUUGACAUGGGGUCCAUGGUUGCCGGGACGCACUCGCGCGGCAUGUUCGAGCAGCGCUUCAAAGACGCCAUCAAGCAGGCCAAGGAGGCGCAAGGCAAGGGGAGGCCCCGUGGACGCCACCAACAUCGGGCGGUCACCGUGGCGCUCGCGGUGAUGAAUCGGGUGUUGUACAAGCUUGCGCUCGUGCCCAUGAAGAAUUACCCCUUCUUCCUCGCUCAAGUUCUCACGUUUGGGUAUGUUGCGGUGUACUUCUCUGUCCUCUUUGUAAGAUAUCAGGCCGGUAUUGUCACUAGAGAAAUGCUAGCGCUUCCAAAAUCGCGCUUCAUGUUAAUUGGAUUGCUAGAAGCAAUGGGUGUUGCUUCAGGCAUGGCUGCUGCAUCUAUGUUGCCUGGGCCAUCUAUUCCAGUGCUGUCUCAGUCUUUUUUGGUAUGGCAGCUUAUUUUAUCUGUCAUUGUUUUGGGAAGGAAAUAUAGAGCAAACCAAAUUCUUGGAUGCUUGCUUGUUACAACUGGAGGCCAUGGUGGCAUUACUAUCAACCAAACCGGCCUGGCAUUGAUUAUCGAUGUACACGAGCCCAUGACUCAUGGCCUGUGA